GUCGGAAGGAUCUGAGUGUAACACAUAUAUUCCAACCAGCGCAGCAGUGCAGGGCCCAUGUGGAACCGGCAGGUCUGAUAUUGUACUUGUCUGCUAACUUAACACCGGUCUGAUCUCACACGCGGAUGCGAGUUGUGUCGGUCACCUGUGUGGCUUCACGAGUGAAAAAAUGCUGAUAGAAGCGCGUAAAGGGCAAAUAACAGCGCUGUGUAACGCCGCUGCCGCCUCAAUACAGGUUCAGGUUGAGCCAGUCGGCCGCUGGUUCGAGGCUUUUCUGAAGCGCAGAUGUAGAAAUGUGUCGGCCUCCUUUCAGGAGCUGGAGGAGGAGGAGGAGCUGUCUGAGGAAGAAGAGGAUGAAGAACUUCAACUGGAGGAGUAUCCAAUGCUAAAGACACUGGACCCCAAAGACUGGAAGAACCAAGAUCACUAUGCCGUUUUGGGUUUGGCUCACCUAAGGUACAGAGCAACCCAGAAACAGAUCAAAGCUGCUCAUAAAGCCAUUGUCCUGAAACAUCAUCCAGAUAAACGGAAAGCAGCUGGUGAACAGAUUGUUGAUGGGGACAAUGAUUACUUCACUUGUAUUACAAAAGCAAUAGAAAUCCUGUCAGACCCUUCGAAGCGAAGAGCAUUCGACAGUGUAGAUCCCACGUUUGACAAUUCAGUUCCAUCAAAAGCAGAAGGCAAAGAAAACUUUUUUGAAUUUUUUUCACCCGUGUUUGAAAGGAAUUCCAGGUGGUCUGUUAAGAAACACAUCCCCAGUUUGGGAAACAUGCAGUCAUCUUUUGAAGAUGUGGAUAAUUUCUAUUCUUUCUGGUACAACUUUGAUUCAUGGAGAGAAUUUUCCUAUUUAGAUGAAGAAGAAAAGGAAAAGGCUGAAUGCCGAGAUGAAAGAAGAUGGAUAGAAAAACAGAACCGGGCCUCUCGAGCGCAGAGGAAGAAAGAAGAGAUGAACAGGAUACGAACCCUCGUCGACACUGCUUACAACUGUGACCCACGAAUAAAGAAGUUUAAAGAGGAGGAGAAAGCCAGGAAAGAGUCUGAGAAGAAAGCCAAAGCAGAGGCUAAGAAACGAGAACAGGAGGAGAAGGAGCGGGCACGACAGGCCGAAGAGGACGCUGCACGUUUGGCGAGGGAGAAAGAAGAGGAGGUGGCGCGACAGGCAGCCCAGCUGGCGAAGAAAGAGAAAGAGGCUCAGAAAAAAGCCAUUAAGAAAGAGCGACAGAAACUCAGAACGACAUGCAAGACUCAUAAUUACUUUGUAGAUAAUGAAGCUGACAACAUCAGGAUGAUGGAGGAGGUGGAGAAACUCUGUGAUCGCUUAGAACUGACCAGUUUACAGACCCUGAAUGAGGCUUUGGCUUCAGGAAAUAAAGAACAGAGUAAAACAGCUCUGGAGAAACAGGUGCAAGAGGUGAACAUUCAAAUACAAAAGGAGAAAGAGGCAGAGAUUCAGGCGCAGCAGGCCGCACGUAGCGCCGAACACAGCAGCGGAGGUGUCGGAGUCAAUAACAGAGGCUGGAACGAAGAAGAUCUUCAACUGCUCAUCAAAGCUGUGAACCUCUUUCCCGCCGGAACAAACGCCAGGUGGGAGGUGAUCGCCAACUACAUGAACCAGCACUCCAACAGCGGGGUGAAGAGAAAUGCCAAAGAUGUCAUUAACAAAGCAAAAACUCUGCAGAAACUAGAUCCUCACCAGAAAGAUGAGAUUAACCGAAAGGCCUUUGAGAAGUUUAAGAAAGAGCAUUCAGCUGUUCCUCCUACCGUAGACAACGCAGCGCCAUCAGAGCGCUUUGAUACUGUAGGUGCCGAAUCAAACUCUGCCGCUUGGACCACAGAGGAGCAGAAACUACUAGAACAGGCUCUGAAAACCUAUCCAGUCAACACACCGGAGCGCUGGGAAAAGAUCUCAGAAGCUGUGCCCGGACGCUCCAAAAAAGACUGCAUGAAGAGAUACAAGGAACUGGUUGAGAUGAUAAAAGCCAAGAAAGCCGCUCAAGAACAGGUUACUGCUAAAAACAAGAAAUGACAACAGUAUCGCAAGAAAACAGAAAACACACACAUACACACCGCUUGGUCUUUUAACUUUAUUGUGUUGUUCUUUAUUUUAUAAUAAAAUAAACAAGAAAAAGCACACAUUAAAUAUC